AUGCUUUACUAUCUCAUCAACAGCUUCAAGUCCAACAAGGACGCCGAACCUAGCCUCGAGCCAUCAAACCACCAAGAUGCCCCCAACCCUGAAAAAUGGCUCGCCCACAAAAUCCAUCAAACAACAACUACAACUCCUGCCCUCGACUCAAAGACCGCCACCACCACCGUUGUCGACUCCCUAAACCCAAGCCUCACCAACCUCCGGGCCGUCGUCCAAAAUGAUCCCUACCUCGCCGCCCUAGCAGACCAAAUGUUCACCCAAGCCGCCGCCCUCCAGCUCCGCGACCCGACAGAGCAACCCGCCGUCCAGUCCUUCCGCCAGUUCCUGCAAGUCGUCAACGUUAUCAUGCGCUCCGGGCCGCAAUUCUUCGACAGGCCGGGAAACGAGGACGCCAUGGGGUUCGUGGCGGCGCCGAUUAAUGCCUUGUUGAAUUAUCCCAUGGGCACGGCGGCCGGCUACGAGUUCUUUCGGAGGUCGGAGACUCUUGGGUAUGAAUCGUGGGAUGCGUUUUUUGUGAGGCGGUUUCGGGAGGGGGUGCGGCAUGUGGAGUUCCCUGAUGAUGAGGAAUAUGUUGGCGGAGAGAGGCUGUCUGUCACGGGCAGCAGUGGCACCGUUGACAUUCGAGUCGAUGACAACACCUCGGUCAUCGUCAACGCGUGCGAGGCGACGCCGCUGCAAGUCGUAUCCGAUGUCGCCCUACGAGCAGACGUCACUCUAAAGGGCCAGCCGUACUCCCUUACCGACAUGCUAAACAAUAACGCGCUCGCGCCGCAGUUUGUCGGCGGAACGAUCUACCAGGCCUACCUGAGCGCCUUCAGCUACCACCGCUGGCAUGCGCCCGUGAGCGGCCGGAUCAUCGAGAUAGAGAUGAUCCCGGGGACGUACUUCAGCGUGAACCGGUACCAGGGCAUAGCUGCGCGUGAGAACGACAAUGAUAAUACAGAUGGUCCAGAUCCGCAGGCGCCGUGUAGGUCGCAGGCGUACACCGCUUCUGUGGCGACGCGGGCGGUAGUAUAUAUCCAGGCGCGGAAUCCGAAGAUCGGGCUAAUAGCGAUCGUGUUUGUGGGUAUGACGGAGGUGUCUAGCUGCGAGGUGACUGUAAGGGCUGGCGAGGAGGUUAUGAAGGGACAGGAGAUUGGUAUGUUUCAUUUUGGGGGGAGUUCGCAUUGUUUAGUGUUCCGGCCGGGUGUCGAGUUGAGAUUUGUUGAGAACCGGUCUCCUGCGGGUCUCGAGGGGAACAAUAGGGUGAAUAGUGCGCUCGCGUUGGUUGAGUGA